AUGAAAGUGUCAGAUGACCAAUGUAAAGACAAAGAAAACAUUUUUGAAUCUGAAAGGGGAAAAACCUACACGAACAACAAAUGGCCUUGGUGGAGGUCCAGGUUCUUUUGCUGGCUGCUGGGCGCUGAUAUGGUUAAUCCUGAGGAUCUCCCGCAGAUAAAACAGUUCCUUCCAGCAGAAUUAGAAAACCACAAGUUCUGGAUUGGCGGUCACAAUGCAGACGAGUCACAGAAGUUUCCAGUCUGGAAGUCCGUCUACGGCAAAAGAAUCUGGAGCGACCAGGCCAACUUCACCUCGAUUCCCAGAGACUCGCCUAAGGCCAACUGCCUGGCGGCUGACGGCAACGACGAGCACCGUUUCCAAGCGCUCGAUUGCGAAGACAAGAUUAUGACUGUGUGCCAACAGCGAUACAAGGACUGAGAUCUUUUCGCUUACAUGUCAUUGUCGGAGACAUGUUGCCAACAUCUUGUUUCAUUGAUAUGAAAUAAAGAGAACUGAAGCUCUGUGAA